GUUUUUUUUUAUUAAAAAAAACGGGUUUCACGAUCCCGCCGUUCCUUUGGUCUAUAAAAUCGGCUCGGGGCGUCUAGGCCUGGAGUGAGAUCUGACCGAGCCAACGCUAUCGCCAUGCCUUCUUCCACCAACCCCAUCCCCAUCCGGACUGACUUGGUGAUUCGACCACCUCCUGGCGAAAACGGCCAAACUGCCUCUUCAUCUCCCAAAUCUUCGGCGGUACACGGUACGCGGCACAAGCACACGCGAUCCUCCUACUCGGAGGGCUCUCCUCUUGCGGCCAUGUCUAGAAACAACUCGUUGAGCUUCCGCCCCUUGAAGCGGUCGACGCCGUCGCCGGACAAGACGAUCGCCGUUAUCAAUGCGAGCGGUCGCCAGGCCGCCUCGUUAAUUCGCAUAGCUACUGCCGUGGGCUACAAGGUACGCGCCCAGCUGCGCAACCUGGAGGGAGUCAUAGCCACCGAAGUUGCGACCAACCCGAAUGUUACGGUCAUCGUCGGGGAGUUGUAUCUUCGCAACAAGCCGGAUGACAAGAGAGACGUCACCGUCCACGGGCCGCUCCCGGGCAUCCUCGUGAACCACUCUCUAAUCUCGCAGCUCUUUGACGGCGCGCAGCUAGCCUUCAUAAACACGACCUUCUACGGAAACGAGAUACAGAUCGGAGAAGCGAUCGCGGACGCUGCGAAGCGCGCCGGCGUCCAGCACUACGUGUACUCGUCGAUGCCCGACCACGCGGCCUACAACCCCGAAUGGCCUUCACUACCCCUCUGGGCCGCCAAACACGAGGCCGAAGAGUACGUUCGUAAGAUAGGACUUCCUUCCACUUUUGUCUACACCGGUAUAUACAACAACAACUUCACCUCACUUCUCUACCCGCUAUUCUGCAUGGAGCUGAAGCCGGACGGCUCGUUCGAGUGGCAGGCUCCUUUCCACCCGAACGCGAAGCUGCCCUGGUUGGAUGCCGAGCACGACGUCGGGCCCGCCAUCAUCCAGGUCUUCAAGGACGGCCCGAGCAAGUGGAAUGGGAGGCGCAUCGCGCUGGCCUACGAGUAUUUAACGCCCCUAGAGGCCUGCGAGGCAUUUGAACGGGGGGUCGGCAGACGCGUACGCUACAAGCGAGGACCCAUAAAACUGAGGGUAAAGAUUCCCGAAGGUUAUCGAGCGCAGCUCGAGGCGCUGGAGAAGCUCUUCUCGCUGAGCAAUAACGACCCGACGAGACAGCCGCCGUAUUUCGGAGACCUCGAACUCGAAAGGAAGUGUCCCGAAGACGCCCUGGCCUUGUGGGAAGGGCCCAGAGGGCUAGAGGAAUAUGCACGCGAGAUUUUCCCGUUGGAGGAGGAGGCAAAUGGGAUGACCUGGAUGUUUACGGACGAGAGUGGCCCCACCACAUUCGAGAGCACAGCCGAAGCGAAUGAAGGCGUCGCGGGCCACGAAGACGAAGGCGAAGAUGGGGACGAUGAUUCCGUGGACGAGGGUUUAAUAAUGCGGGGACUGAAGAGGGACGAGGAAUCAUGGCUAGCAUGACUCGUAGGGUACGACGGCUAUGGCAACCCGCUUUCCUUUU